UGUAAUACGUGGAUCAGACUCAUCACAGUUAUGACUUAUGAAUUACUCGGAAGUCAGAAGAGGUGGUUAGAUUUAUGGAUGAUUUGGAUGAAGGCCUUCCCUCUGGCGUUUUCUCCGACUAAAUUGCAUCACUUGAUCCGGGUGUGACGAUGGUGUGCAAAAUCAACACCAAAACCCUUAUUCUCUUGUAAGAAUAAGAAUUUCAUCCUAUCGUUUAUUUCUCAUAUAGAAGGUUCUUCUGAGAGCAUCCGGAUUUACACCAUUUUCACAUGGAGGGCUCAAAGUCAAGCCAGACUGAUUCUGCAGUCCAGUCACCCAAGAAUAUCUUCAUUCUAUCAGGCCAAAGCAACAUGGCUGGCCGUGGUGGAGUAGACAAGCACAAGCACUGGGAUGGAGUAAUUCCUUCUCAGUGUAGCCCUGACCCAUCCAAAAUCUUUCGUUUCAGUGCACAGCGUCACUGGGAGGCUGCUACUGAGCCACUGCAUUACGACAUUGAUACCAAGAAGGCCUGUGGCGUGGGACCAGGAAUGUCUUUUUCAAAUGCCGUGAAGGAGAGUGUAGGUGCUAUAGGCCUAGUGCCAUGUGCUGUAGGUGGAACUGCAUUAAAGGAGUGGGCACGUGGGGAACUUUUGUAUGAAAACAUGAUUAGUAGAGCAAAAGCUGCUGUUUGCGGAGAUGGUUGUGAGAUCAAGGGGUUAUUAUGGUAUCAAGGAGAGAGUGAUACAUUAUCGAAACAAGAUGCUGAGAGUUAUAAAUCUAAUAUGGAAACACUAAUACACAACUUCCGUGUCGAUAUGAAUUUACCCUCUUUGCCAAUUAUUCAGGUUGCUAUUGCAUCAGGGGAUGAAAAAUACAUUGGAGAAGUAAGGAAAUCACAAAAGAUGAUUAGCCUUCCAAAUGUGGUUUGUGUUGAUGCCUUAGGAUUGCAUCUCAAGGAUGAUAAACUCCAUUUGACUACAGAAGCUCAGGUUCAACUUGGCCAAAUGUUAGCUGAAGCAUACCUUACCCAUUUUGCACAAAACAUUUCCUCUUCUGCUGAUCUUUGAGUCUUGGAGUGUUUCAUCAAAUUAGGAAUCACUGCUUAAAACUAUCUCUCUGAAGAUUUAUUCUAAUAAUUAACCGAGCUGGAGGGGCACACUAUUGUUCUCGAGCUUGCUUGGUUCCGGGAUUUUGGAGGGAAGGGAUGGGAGGGCAGAUUUUUAGUUUACUAUGGAUCUUUCUUUGUCUGUUUAAACUUGGUCCAAAAGGUGGAAUCUCCCACCCCAGGAGCCUUUUGUCUGUUUAAACAAAGUCACCUAAUGAUUAGUUAGAUCAUGUACUAGCUUUUACUCUUCAGUUUAUUUCCAGCCUAUUGAAUAUAGAAAUAAAUUGAAAUUUAUAACGAGGGUACCA